CAUUACUGCUUAAGUUUUUCUAUGUGCCAAGACCCUUAUUAGAUCUGGCAAUACUGGUUCCAGUCAUAUGAUUUAUAGUUAAUUCAUUUUUGUGUGCAUGUACAUGGAAGAAAGGAGGUGUAUUAAUUUCUUUUGCACAAAUAUUUUAAUGAAGUAAUACGCAAUGGCUACAUCAAAGACUACAAAUACAUAUAACAGACAAAAUUGGGAAGAUGCGGAAUUUCCAAUAUUAUGUCAAACGUGCUUAGGAGAUAAUCCAUAUAUUCGUAUGACAAAGGAGAGAUAUGGAAAAGAAUGCAAAAUAUGCAUGCGGCCAUUUACAGUGUUUAGAUGGUGUCCAGGUGCAAGGAUGAGAUUUAAGAAGACUGAAGUUUGUCAGACAUGUAGUAGAUUGAAAAAUGUAUGCCAAACAUGUUUAUUAGAUUUGGAAUAUGGUUUGCCUAUUCAAGUUCGUGAUGCUGCUUUAAAAAUUAAAGAUGAUUUACCUCGUUCCGAUGUAAAUAAGGAGUAUUAUGUACAAAAUAUAGACAAUGAGAUUGGAAAGAUUGAUCCGACAACACCUGCUGGUGCUGUUGGUAAAUCUGCUGCAGCUAGUGAUCUGUUGAUGAAAUUAGCUAGGACAAGUCCUUAUUAUAAAAGAAACAGACCGCAUAUUUGUUCAUUUUGGGUAAAAGGCGAAUGCAAGAGAGGUGAAGAAUGUCCUUAUCGACAUGAGAAACCAACAGAUCCUGAUGAUCCAUUGGCAGAUCAGAACAUAAAAGAUCGUUACUAUGGUGUAAAUGAUCCAGUAGCAGAUAAACUGAUGCGCAGGGCAGCAGCUAUGCCUAAGUUAGAUCCGCCUGAAGAUAAAUCCAUUACAACAUUAUACAUUGGCAAUCUGGGAGAUGUAUUAACAGAAAAACAGUUGCGUGAUCAUUUUUAUCAAUAUGGCGAGAUCCGUUCAGUGACCAUGGUGCCACGUCAGCAAUGUGCUUUCAUUCAAUAUACACAGAGAAAUGCCGCUGAGGCAGCAGCAGAAAGGACAUUUAACAAGUUGAUAUUGGGUGGAAGACGACUCACCAUAAAAUGGGGCCGUUCACAAGGAAGACAGACUAUAUCUGCAGCUGAAGCAACAAGAGAAAUUCUCGAACCUGUUCCAGGAUUACCUGGCACAUUACCGCCGCCACCAGAAAACACGGGUAGUAAUUUCUUCAAUCUGCAAACCACUCCUGGCAUGAUGCCACCAAUGAUGAUCCCACCACCACCGGUUGCUCCUCAAUUUAUGUUUCCACCACAAAUGGCAGCUGCAGCUGCACCAAUUUUUCCUCCAGGAACGACCCCUAUUCACUAUCCGAGCCAAGAUCCGUCCAGAAUGGGUGCAUCGCAAGGUAUAGGCAAACCUUGGCCGGAGGAAUAAUGUAAUAAUGUAGUAAUGCUAUAUGAAUUUUUCAUGUAAUUUGUAACGGCAACAUUAUUUGGAACAAAAAUAUAUCUUUGGUCUUUCUUUCAUCUU